AUGGAAGUACAUCGAAGAAGAAAUCCUAACGCUCAGCGUCCAAAUGAAGAACAGCCAGCAGUACAAAAUGAUCAGCUACCAAAUCUACUGCAGCAUUUUUACUCCGCCGUAUGGACAGCAUGUGCUUGGGUUCUCGAUAAAAUUCGCGAUUUCGCCGUUGAACUAUUUACAAUACUUUGGCCUUUAUUGAAAAAGAUCCUGAUGUCGAAAAUUAUCAAGCUAUUUGUUGUUAUCAUGACUAUGUUGUUUACUAAAACAACUGUAGUUGCAAUUCUUUGUGAAAGUCCCGUUAGUGGUUUGGGAUAUAUAGAUGAUUUUUGUAAAAGUAAUUCAGACGCAAAUGGCACGGGAAAACAACUACCACUACAGUCAAGGAUAAACGAAAGUCUUUCAUUAGCAGAACGACUGGCGAAUACCGAUAUCAGUAUGAAUAUCAAAUUGAGUAACGUGGAAUUGUCGUUGAGUGAUUUAAAGGGAAGAAUAGCGUUCAGUGACCUGGAUAAGACAGAAAAAGAUCAGUUCUACCAAAUGAUCGAGCAAAUAAAAGAUUCAGCUCAAACAACCAAAAAUGGAAUACGUAAAAUGCUGAUUACGUUCAAUAAUGCUUUAUACGGAUUAGCGACUUACGCAGAAAAUCUACACAAGCAUCUUACAAAUCAAAGAUCUAUUGUUUCUCGAUUGAUAUUUCAGCCAAAACCAACUGAAGUGGCCAUAAUCCCAGAGCAAUUUCUAAGAGAUUUGGAUAAACUUACAGACACGAUAGGAAUUGCGUACAAUAUGUCAGAGCAUGUCAAUUCAAAUUUAGCAAGUCUCAAUGAUAAAGUUUCGAAGAUGGAGAUAAUGGCUGGAGAUCUUCGUUGCAUCAGAGAAGAAAAAAUAAAAGACCACGAUAAAGCUGGAAUGUUAGCUAAGCUGUACAGACACACACUAGGAGAUGGUGAUAUGAAUAAGAUUACACAUCAGAAAAACAUUGCUUUCCUGGAACAGUUUACAGAAUACAGACGAGAAGCACAGCGUCAAAUUCAAAAUGUCAUUGACCAAUUGGAAAAAUACAAACAUAUCAUUUUAACAACAAGAGAAACCGCUUCACGUUUGGAUGCUGUACAAAAACAACCACUCGAUAUACAUCUAGAUGAGUUGAAGAAUGCUAUCAAGAAGUUGACCGAAUAUUAUGAACGUUUCGAUCGAAACCUAACUGAAUACAAUCAAAUGUAA